CUCCAUCUUUGUUCGAGAGUUUGUUUAAGAAUUUUCCUUCGAAAACGCUUUUUCUGUUUCUGUUUUUGCUGUAAUUUGACCGAGAUCAUGGCGAAGAAUAUUCUGGUUACCGGCGGUGCUGGCUAUAUCGGCAGCCACACCGUGCUUCAGUUGCUGAGGGGAGGUUACAGGACGGUGGUGGUUGAUAAUCUGGAUAACUCUUCGGAUGUCGCCCUCAAAAGAGUAGAAGAACUCGCCGGCGAAUUUGGCAAUAACCUUUCCUUUCACCAGGUUUGCUGAAUUGUUGUAACUUUACUGCUCUGUUUUGCAAUUUUAUGUUAUUAACUGGAUUUUGAGCCUGUAGUUGAUUCGAAGUUUAAUUUGUUUUGAAAUUUCAAAAUUGAAAAGCCUGAUUGGUUUGGCUAAAAAUCUCUGUUUGGUGCUUUUUUUCUGAAAGUUUGAAGGUUUCAUUCAGAAUUUCAGAAUUUUGUUUAGUUUUUUCUGGGGAAGGGGUUAAUUCCGCGAUUAACUGAUUGAAUUCUCUGAUUUUCAUAUCGAUUUAGCCCAAAAGAAAAAGGUUUUAAUCUUGAUUUAUGAGCAAAUUGCUGAAGCAAGUGUUUAAUUCUCAUGGACGUAGUUUCCUCAAAGUUUUUCUUCUACCGAAAAGGGGAAAAAGGGAAAAAAAAUGAUCUUGAAAAAUAAGCAACUUUUCGUGAACGUAUAAAAGUAUGCAGCGACU